GGAUUUCAUUUUACUUGGAUGCACAAUCAACAGCCAUGGAAGCAGCAGUCAAGAAAUCAAAAGAUGCAUUGCAUUGGGCAAAUGUGCUGCAAAGGACCUCUUCAAAGUGUUGAAGAGCAAAGAUGUCACCCUGAAGACUAACGUGCGCCUGACCCAGGCCAUGGUAUUUUCAAUCGCAUCAUAGGCAUGUGAAAGCUGGACAAUGAAUAAAGAAGACCGAAGAAGAGUUGAUGCCUUUGAAUUGUGGUGUUGGCAAAGAACAUUGAAUAUACCAUGGACUGCCAAAAGAACGAACAAAUCUGUCUUGGAAGAAGUGCAGCCAGAAUGCUCCUUAGAGGCAAAGAUGGCGAGACUGUGUCUUACAUACUUUGGACAUGUUGUCAGGAGGGAUGAAUCCCUGGAGAAGGACAUCAUGCUUGGCAGAGUACAGGGUCAGCGGAAAAGAGGAAGACCCUCAACAAGGUGGAUUGACAGGAUGGCUGGAACAACGAGCUCAAGCAUAACAACGAUUGUAUAAGGAUGGCACAGGACCUGGCAGUGUUUCGUUCUGUUGUGCAUAGGGUCGCUAUGAGUCGGAACCGACUCGACGGUACCUAACAACAACAUAACAACAUCAUUGGAGAGAUUUUAAUGUGGUUUCAAGAGGGACUUUAACUUGAAUUCCAGCUGAGAUUUAUUGAAAAUUAUCUCUGCAUCAAGGAGCCCUGGUUACACAAUGGUUAAGCACUGAGCUGCUAACUAAAAGGUUGGCAGUUCAGACCCAUCUAACAACUCUGUAGGUGAAGGACCUGACAUCUGCUCCUGUAAAGAUUACAGCCUAGAAAACCUGUGGGCCAGUUCUACUCUGCCACAUGGCAUCCACUAUAAGUCAAAAUUAACAACACAUAACAUCACUGAGUCAAACACUAUAUAAUUUACUAUGAGCUAGGUUGUGUUAAUAACUUCUGUCUUAACUGGAUUCUGUAGAGGAGCAAAACCAGUGAGACAUAUUUAUAAUUGUUUACAGAGAGAUUUACUUCAAGGAAAUGGCUCAUGAGAUUGUGAGGGCUAGCAAGUCCCAAAUCCGCAGGUCAGCUGGUAGGCUGGAGACUUCUACAGGCUUACAUCCCAAGGUCCAGAGGUCCAGUAACAAUAGUGCAGGGUUGAGAGAGAGAGAGUGCUCUGCCAGGAGAGAGAGAGAGAAAGCACUGUGCCAGAAGAAAGAGAGUGCUCUGCCAGAAUAUCCAUUUAUAUUCUGGAGGCAGACCACACCCUCAAGGAAGCUCCCCUUUUAACUGAUUGGUUGAUCACAUCACAGGAUGUGAUUACAAUAUGUUAUGUUACGUCAGGUCACACAACAGCAUCCAGUCCACUAUCUGUCAAACCACUGAGAAUCAUGCCUAGCCAGAUUGACAGAUAAAAUUAACCAUCACAAACUCCUCUUAAACAGAAGUUAAAAAACUUCUUACAGUUAGUGCGGUCUUAAUUAGUGCACUAUACUGCCUUUCCUAUUAUUCCAGCAAUCCAUCAGUUCCUAUAUGUAUGUCUUCAUAUGAAUAUAAUUGCUUAAAUAAUUGUUUAUUUGUGUUCUCAGAUAUAUCAGGUCUUAUCUCUCCUAAUAGAUUUUAGCAGCCUCAAUUAUAGGAACUCACUUUCUUCUUUAUUUAUAGCUUCCUGCAGCUUUCUAUUUCCAGAAAUAUAUUCUGCAUCUAGGGUUUAAUGAAUGUGGUUGACAAAUUGUGACUCAGACUAAGAGGAAUAUCAUCUUCUUUACACAGAUAGGAAUUUCGUGAUUUGUGCUCCAACUGGUUCUGGGAAAACUGUAGUGUUUGAACUAGCUAUAAUAAGAUUGCUAAUGGAAGUCCCAUUGCCAUGGUUGAACAUUAAAAUUGUUUACAUGGCACCAAUAAAAGCCCUGUGUAGCCAGCGUUUUGAUGACUGGAAAGAAAAAUUUGGACCACUAGGACUGAACUGUAAAGAGCUCACAGGAGAUACCGUCAUGGAUGAUCUUUUUGAGAUUCAGCAUGCCCAUAUUAUUAUGACAACUCCAGAAAAAUGGGAUAGCAUGACUAGGAAAUGGAGAGACAACUCUUUGGUCCAACUGGUUCGACUUUUUUUCAUUGAUGAGGUACACAUUGUGAAAGAUGAGAAUCGUGGUCCCAUUCUUGAAGUUGUAGUCAGCAGAAUGAAAACUGUACAGUCGUUACCUCAGACUUUAGAAAACACCAGCACUAUUAUUCCAAUGAGAUUUGUAGCUGUAUCUGCAACAAUUCCAAAUGUUGAAGAUAUUGCAGAAUGGCUUUCCGAUGGUGAGAGACCUGCUGUAUAUCUGAAAAUAGAUGAGAGCCACAGACCAGUGAAACUUCGAAAAGUGGUCCUUGGAUUUCCCUGCAGUAAUAACCAAACUGAGUUUAAGUUUGACUUAACCCUCAAUUACAAAAUCGCCAGUGUUAUACAAACAUACUCUGAUCAGAAACCCACACUUGUGUUUUGUGCAACAAGGAAAGGUGUGCAACAGGCUGCUUCUGUUCUUGUGAAAGAUGCUAAAUUUAUUAUGACUAUGGAACAGAAACAGAGGCUACAGAAGUGUGCACAUUCCAUAAGGGAUUCAAAACUGAGAGAUAUUGUCAUACAUGGUGUUGCUUAUUAUCAUGCUGGUAUGGAGCUGUCAGAUAGAAAAGUAGUUGAAGGAGCUUUUACUGUUGGAGAUCUGCCUGUUCUUUUUACUACCAGUACUUUAGCUAUGGGAGUAAAUUUGCCUGCUCAUCUAGUAAUUAUAAAAUCUACAAUGCAUUAUGCUGGAGGAAUGUUUGAAGAAUACAGUGAAACAGAUAUUCUACAGAUGAUUGGUAGAGCUGGUCGACCUCAAUUUGACAGUACAGCUACUGCAGUUAUUAUGACUCGAUUAAGUACAAAAGAAAAGUACAUUCAGAUGUUAGCUUGUAGUGACACGGUAGAAAGCAGUUUGCAUAGACAUCUUAUUGAACAUUUAAAUGCAGAGAUAGUAUUGCAUACUAUCACAGAUGUGAACAUUGCUUUGGAAUGGAUACGAUCAACCUUGCUUUAUAUAAGAGCCUUGAAAAAUCCAUCUCAUUAUGGUUUUUCAUGUGGAUUGAACAAAGAUGGAAUUGAAGCAAAAUUACAAGAAUUAUGUUUGAAGAAUUUGAAUGAUUUAUCAUCUCUAAAUUUGAUAAAGAUGGAUGAAGAUGUUAAUUUCAAACCAACUGAGAUCGGAAGAUUGAUGGCUUGGUAUUAUAUUACAUUUGAGACGGUGAAGAAAUUUUGUACAAUCAGUGGAAAAGAAACUUUAUCAGAUCUGGUCACAAUGAUAGCCAGCUGCCAAGAAUUUCUAGAUAUCCAGUUAAGAAUAAAUGAAAAGAAAACACUGAAUACUUUGAACAAAGAUCCACAUCGGGUAACUAUCAGAUUUCCAAUGGAAGGAAAAAUUAAAACAAGGGAAAUGAAAGUAAAUUGUCUUAUUCAGGCUCACCUAGGAUGCAUCCCCAUACAAGACUUUGCUUUGACACAAGAUACAGCGAAGAUUUUCAGAAAUGGCUCACGAAUUACAAGAUGGUUGUCAGAUGUUUUGGCUGCUCAAGAAAAGAAUUUUGCUGCACUGUUGAACAGUUUGAUUUUAGCUAAGUGUUUUAGGUGUAAACUUUGGGAAAACUCUCUGCAUGUAUCCAAACAGUUGGAAAAAAUUGGUAUAACAUUGUCAAAUGCAAUGGUAAAUGCAGGUUUGACUUCCUUUAAAAAAAUAGAAGAAACAGAUGCAAGGGAACUUGAACUGAUUUUAAAUAGGCAUCCCCCUUUUGGAACCCAGAUAAAAGAAACUGUGAUGCAUCUACCGAAAUACGAACUUAAAGUGGAACAGGUUGCAAGAUAUAGUGAUACAACAGCAGAAAUAUUAGUUACCAUUACGUUAAGAAACUUUGAACAGCUACAAACUAAAAGAACAGCACCGGAUUCUCACUAUGUUACCUUGAUAAUAGGUGAUGCAGAUAAUCAAGUGGUUUUUAAACACAAAAUUUUGGAUUCUGUUUUGCUAAAAGCUGGAAAUUGGACCAAAAAGAUUGAUGUGAAAAGAACUCAUAAAUCUGAAGAUCUUAGCAUAAAUCUAAUUAGUUCUGAAUAUGUUGGACUUGAUAUUCAGCAAAAAUUUACAGUCUUUUACUUAGGACCCAAGAGGUUUGGAAAUGAAAUAAUUAUGCAAAGAAAAUCAGAAACAGAGAUUUCCCAUUCUAAACAUUCAGAUAGAUCUGUAGCAGGACUCAGUAAAGGAACGACUGCCUACAAAAAACUGGGAAACCGAGAAUGUAAUCAUCACUGUAAAAAUAAACAUACAUGUGGACAUGACUGCUGUAAAGUUGGAGUUGCACAGAAGUCAGGUGUUAAAGAGCCAACAAUCUCUUCAUAUUUAUCUGAUUUAAGAAACAGGAAUGCCGUUUCAUCUCUUCCUCCAGUUAAGCGUCUCAAGCUGCAGAUGAAUAAAUCUCAAAGUGUGAACCUUAAAGAGUUUGGUUUUACUCCAAAAUCUUCCCUUCCCGGUAUAUCAAGGUCAGAAUAUUCAAACAUACUUGAAUUGCCUAUAAUGGAACAGUGGGAUCAGCAUGAAAUCUGUGAAAAAUUUCACCAACAAGAACCAUCUGAAUAUCAAAACAAAGAUUUUUCUAGAUGGAACCAUCCUAGAGCUUCAAAUGAGAAAGCUCCUCAAACAAUGCUGUCUAACAGAAAUUUUGCAUCUGGAAACCAAAAUUUGACAGAUGUGGCUAAAAGCAACUCCUCAUUUUCAGAAGUUUUGAAUGUGAACUUUGAAUUGGGAAAUGAAGUUUGGGAUGAUUUUGAUGAUGAAAAUUUAAUAGAAGCGACUAGCUUUUCAACUGAAACUGACAAGACAGACACAUCAGGAUUUGGAAACACUUUGAGUUCAAGUACCAGAGGACAUAAGCUAACCCUCCAAGAGUCAAAGAGCCAGUUCCAAAGAGAAAUGUCAAAAAGCUUUGUUUCAGCAAAUGAGGAGCCAGUUAUUUCCAAUUUCAGUGCAUCCUCCAUGACAAAAUUACCUCAGCAAGCUGGAAGUACAAAUAUGGUCUGUUUACAAGAAAAUAAACAACAAAGUCUUUCACCAGAGAUUAAAAGAUUAUACUUUCCUCACUCUGAAAAUAAAUCAAAUUCUUCAAAUUUUGCUGAGAAAGUGGACUUUUUUAUUAGAAACAGUGAAUGUAAAAAGGGAAUUGAUUUCAGUAGGUAUCAUCCUGAUGAUGCAGCUGAUGAAAUGAAGUCUUUCCUGGGAAUAUUUGAUGGCAUUUUCUAAAGCAAACAAACACAUAAAAAUGCCUCAUAUGUUAGUAAGAUAAAGUGUAAAGGAACCUUAUCACAAAACAUGCUUUUUAUUUUUAAAAAGUAGUUCAUAAUGUUCAAUUUUUUUCUCUUGAAUUUGAUCAGUUUUGCCAAUUUUUUACAACAAAAUAUUUGGAUAGAUUUAUUUUCCCAUUAUAUUGUAACUUCUUGAAAAGUACUUUACAGGUUUUGUUGUUGUUGUUGUUGUUGUUAGUAAGCUGAUAAUUAAUUUGCCCUUAGAAUUAAUUAUUUUGGUUAUUAACUGGAUUUUGACUGGAACUAAUUUAAAAUCUCAUUUUUAUAUUUUCUUAACAAGAAAAAAGUAUUCUGUAAAAGCAAAAUAAUGCUAGUUAGUGACUGUACUUAUUGUAUGGCUUGUUCAUCAAUAUUGUUCUCUUGUAUUUUACUAAUGAUCUUUAACAAUCCAACAACUUGCUGAACCUGUUGUUACAUAACUUUGAGCAACAAUAAAACGUGAAUCGAUAUAGA